GAGGAGGAGGUGAAGGAGGUGGAGGUGGAGGUGGAGGAGGAGGAGGAGGUGGAGGAGGAGGGAGAGAGAAGCCAGAGAGAAACUUGUCUUGGGGAUUAAUAGGAGGCAGGAGGAGGGAGAGGUGCACGCAGGAAAUCACCCAGACCAUGAGGGCGGCCCUGGCGUUCCUCCUUCUGCUGGCGCUGGCGCUGGUGGCGAGCGGGCAGCGCCGCAAACCGCCCCGCAGACCCACCCGGCCUCCCUUGCCCUUCGAGGAGCCCGUGGAGCCCACUGAGCUGCCCCCUCCCCUCCCUCCGGGCCCCCCGUCCGUGUUCCCCGACUGCCCUCGGGAGUGCUACUGCCCGCCCGACUUCCCGUCGGCGCUGUACUGCGACAGCCGCAACCUGCGCACAGUGCCGCUGAUCCCAGCGCGCAUCCACUACCUGUACCUGCAGAACAACUUCAUCGCCGACCUGCCCGAGGAGUCCUUCCGCAACGCCACCGGCCUCAAGUGGGUCAACCUGGACAACAACCGCAUCCGCAAGGUGGACAGAAAGGUGCUGGAGAAGCUGGAGAACCUCAUCUUCCUCUACAUGGAGAGGAACCAGCUGAAGGAGGUGCCCGCCUUCCUGCCGCCCAACCUGGAGCAGCUGAGGCUCAGCAGGAAUCAGAUCUCCAAGAUCCCUGCUGGGGUUUUCAACAAGCUGGAGAACCUGGUGCUGCUGGACCUGCACCACAACAAGCUGAGCGACGGUGUCUUCAACAAGAACACCUUCAAGGGGCUCAAGAACCUCAUGCAGCUCAACCUGGCCCACAACAUCCUGAGGAAGAUGCCCCCCGGCGUGCCCAGCGCCAUCCACCAGCUCUUCCUGGACAGGAACAACAUUGAGGACAUCCCCAGUGAUUAUUUCAAGGAGUUUCCCAACCUGGCUUUCAUCCGGCUCAACUACAACCAGAUCUCGGAUAAGGGGCUGCCCAAAAAUUCCUUCAACCUCACCAACCUGCUGGUGCUGCACCUGGCCCACAACAAGCUCACCAACGUGCCCUUCAUCAGCCCCAAGCUGGAGCACCUCUACCUGAACAACAACUCCAUCGAGAAAAUCAACGGCACGCAGAUCUGCCCCACCUCGCUGGUGUCCAUCCAGGAUUUCUCUCCCUCCGACCUGGACAGCGUCCCCCGGCUGCGCUACCUGCGGCUGGACGGGAACCUGCUGAAGCCGCCCAUCCCUCUGGACCUGAUGCUGUGUUUCCGCCUGCUGCAGUCCGUGGUGUUUUAGCCCUGCCCCGCCUCUCCCAGGCCCGGCUUUGCUCGGACUUUUCACACACGUGGGACCCUCUCUCCUCCCUCUCCCCCUGCUCACUGCCCGCCUGAUCCCUCUCCCCGUCCCCCCUUUUCCUGCCCAGCGGGGACACCGGUGGCUCCUUGGGGACCGCUUUCCCCCAGUGCCACCCCUGGUCACAGCUCGCUGUCCUUGUCCCCCGGCUCCGCCUCUCCCUUGGUGCCCCACAGGGUUUGGGGUCGGUCCAGAUGGAGCCGCUGGGCUCGGCGUGUGUCCAGCACCAUGAAACAUUCCUGGUUGGAUUUUGGAUGGGAUGAACUGGAGCUGAGGGUGGUGGGGUCCGUGGAAGUGCAGGGAGGAUGGACAAUCAGGCCAUCCCAGGGGAUGGGGACACUCCUGUCACCCACCCUUCUGGAGAGCUUUGGCUCCACAUUUCUCCAGAAGAGGAUCUAAAUCCCCAUCCUAGAACUGUUCCAUGGGGUCACAGCCCCAUCCCAAAAUCCUGAUUUCUUCCCUGUAAAAUCUGGGAACCAAGGACAACAUCCAUGGAAUAACAGCUCCAUCCAAAAAUCCUGCAUCCGCAUCCAUGGGGACACAGCCCCAUCCCAAAGUCCUGCAUCAUUCCCUGUAAAAUCUUUGGGUGCAGAACCACAUUCAUGGGGUCACAGCCCACCCCAAACCCCUGAUUUCUUCCCUGUAAAACCUAGGAUCAAGGGCCACAUCCAUGGAAUAACAGCCCCAUUCCAGCAUCCUGCAUCUUUCCCUGUAAAAUCUGAGGAUGCAGGGACAGAUCUGUGGGGUCACAUCCCCAUCCCAAAAUCCUGCACCUUUCCCUCUGAGAUCUGAGGCUCCAGAGCCACAUCCACGGCUCAGUUUCCCUCUGGAGCCACACAUGGCUGGGUUUUACCCUUUUUUUUUUGAUUAGAAAUAAAAGGAAGGGAGAAGAAAAGGGAAGAAUCAUCCUUUGGAAGGGCUAUUUUUAUCCCUGCUCUUCCCCAUCCCCACAUGUAUCGCUUCCCCCCCCAAUAGCUGUACCUGCAUUUAUUGGGUGUCCGGGUUUAGGGGGGAUUAUUCUCUUCUUUUCUUCCUGAGUCUCAGGAUUUGGAUUUAAAGGCCGAGCAUUAGAGAGGAGAAAAAAAAAAGAAUCAAAAUCCAACUGCAAUGAGCAUUAAAUAAACCAAAGAAAGCUCCUUUGUGUCCAGCCAGCAGAACUGACCCUUCCCAGGACGGCCACGGAAGGCCACCGUGUCCUCCUCCCUGCAGCUGGCACAGGGGUGCUCCCCUUUUCCCAUUAAUUAAAACCUCCUGCUAAUUAAGGAGGGUUUUCCCUGAUGAUAAAAUCUCCUUUGCAGCUCUCCCUGCUGUUGGGUAGGGACAGGUUUCAGCCCUAAACCCGGACAGAGACCCCCCUGGAUUUAUAUAUAUUUAUAUCUGAUGUGUAUAUAGACUGGUAGAAUGUACAGAUAUUCCCAAAGCCACCUGCACCUCCCAACCCGGCAACUUUAUGGGAUUUUCACUCCCACUCCCUGCAGCAGUGGAAAUAAAGUCAUUCACAAGGGA